UGUGUCCUUCCAACGAGGAGGGGUUGGAGCAUUAAUUGGGAGAUACCUAAUAUCCAUAUAUGGAGUGGUGAUAAACACAACGCCUUGGUCGUCUCCUCCGCCAGCUUCCAACAAGCUAUCGGUCUGCUGCUCUGCCUACACCGCCGCGCCGAUAGGAUAGCUGAGCUGAAGAGCGGCAUUCUUGUUCGGCAGCUGAGCGUGGCAUGUCGAAGGCGCCGCGCGGCCCCAGGAAGCCGGCGACGAGAGGCCCUUGGUCGACGGAGGAGGACGCCAAGCAUGGCCUCGGCCGCUGGAGCGACAUCCCCAGGCUAGCAGGCAUUGAGAGGGGCGGGAAGAGCUGCCGGCUGAGGUGGUUAAACUACCUCCGGCCGGACCUGAAGCGGGCCGCGCUCUCGCAGGAAGAGGAAGAUCUCAUCAUCCAACUCCAUUCCAUCAUAGGCAACAGCUGGACUCUGAUCGCGGCGUGCCUGCCGGGGCGGACGGACAACGGGGUCAAGAACUUCUGGAACGCCUCCAUCAAGCACAAGCUCCGCCGGCGUGGCAUCGACCCGGACACCCACGAGCCGGUGGUCGACGAGGGCAGCAGGAACGGCGACGCCCAGUACAUCCUGCCAUCCCACCUUGAGGCAGGUAGCAACGCGUGCAGCCAUGGAGCCCUCAGCCCUGACGCUGCCGGACUCCAUCACUCGCUACGUGGACACGGACCCGCUGCAGCUCCAGCAUGGCGUUGUACUUGUACAGCCGGCGGUGUCGAGCUCCAGCACGGUGGGCUCUGACCCGUCCGGCUCCGGCUCCGACACCGGCGAGCAGUGGAACAACCUCGUAGACGGCAGUCAGCUGUUCGAUCUGACGGAGAGUAGCACUACUACUACUACCAAGUCGGGCACCACCAACCACGCCUGCUCCCAUCGCCGACUGGAAGCUGGUUGGAGCUGCUCCGCGAGUACCUUGAAUGGCUCGGUUUCGUAUUGGGUGUAGUAUACUUACUUAUAUCGGUUGGUGCUUUUUCGGGGAAAAAAAUAACGGCUGGUGCUUGAACUGAA